CCCCCCCCACCACCCCCCCCCCCCCCCCCACCACCCCCCCCAACCCCCCCCCCCCCCAGCCUUAAUCGAAGAUUCGUAUCGGUUCUUCAAAACCCAUGGAUUCAACGUUUUUCGCGCUUUGGAUUCUUGAUUAUUGGCAUUUCCAUAGCUUUAUGUGUUUACUGCACAAUCCCGGGACAAAAUGGGAGGAGUGAUGCCGAAUCAGGAUCACCGGCUUUUAUUGUGUCCAGCCCUCCACCCCCGCCCCCCCCCCGCCCCCGCCCCUCCACCACCUCCACCACCGUCUCCUCCGCCUCCUUCAUCCUUCCUGGGACACGUUUAGUUGCUCCACCGCCAGGAUCAAUGCCUCCCCUUUCUAACGAGAUGGGUGCGCCACAGCCGCAACGUCACCUGGGCCACCACCACCACCACCAUGUGCACGCACCGCCACCGCCACCGAAGAUGAAUGCGGGGAAAAAGGUUGGACUUUUGUUUGCUGGCAUUGCGGCAACCAUGCAAGUUGGCAUGGUUGGGUACUUAGUAGUAAAGAGAAGACAACUUUUGAAUAGCGAUGAGGACAGAUACGAGAAUUGUUCUUGAAAUAGAUUCUUAUCAAUUCAUUUUAAUUUAUAAAUUUAAUGGAUUGAAAUUCUUUGUUGAAAGCGUAAUGGUUGGGAGAAGGGGAAUAUUGUUUGGAUUUUACAGAAUCUGAUGGAAGGAACAUGAAAAGGCAAGCACGUAAAGACACCAAUGAUUUUAGAAAUUAUUGGAACAUGAAUUGUGUGCAAUUGAUGCCAUCAUUUCGGCCCUUGGCGUUACUGUGUAUAUUGGUACUGCUAGUUCACGUUUCAUGCUGUGUUGCCUCUUUUUCCCUUAGUUCCAUUACAUUGGCUUAUAAUGGAAAGAAAAAGUAGCCCUCAUGUACCUUUUUUAAAUUUUUUUCUUCUAAUUUGAUCUUUUUUUCUAACAUGUUCAGUGUACAAUGAUGCUAGGAAUCUUUAAAGAAUUAACAAUGACAAUCUUAUAUUCUUUGUU